AUUGUCACUUCUGCAUCAACGGAUCUUCAGGAUUACACGUACUACUUUGUCCCAGCUCCUUGGUUAUCUGUGAAACUUCUGAGGCUGUUACAGUGCUAUCCCCCUCCAGAAGACCCCGCGGUACGUGGCCGUCUAACAGAAUGCCUGGAAACUAUCCUUAACAAAGCGCAGGAGCCACCCAAGUCCAAGAAAGUACAACACUCAAAUGCAAAGAACGCUGUGCUGUUUGAGGCAAUAAGCUUGAUUAUACAUCACGACAGUGAGCCAAAUCUACUAGUCCGUGCCUGUAACCAGCUAGGUCAGUUCUUGCAGCACCGAGAAACUAAUUUGCGUUACCUAGCACUGGAAAGCAUGUGCACGCUUGCCAGCUCUGAAUUCUCACAUGAGGCUGUGAAAACGCACAUAGAAACAGUUAUCAAUGCAUUGAAGACUGAAAGAGAUGUCAGUGUACGACAGAGAGCUGUAGAUCUCCUGUACGCAAUGUGUGACCGAAGCAAUGCCCAACAGAUUGUGGCUGAAAUGCUGAAUUACCUGGAGACUGCUGAUUAUUCCAUUAGAGAAGAAAUUGUUCUGAAAGUUGCAAUUCUAGCUGAGAAGUAUGCGGUGGAUUAUACCUGGUAUGUGGAUACAAUCUUGAAUCUGAUUCGCAUUGCUGGUGACUAUGUCAGUGAAGAAGUGUGGUACCGAGUUAUUCAGAUUGUCAUCAACAGGGAUGAUGUUCAAGGGUACGCAGCAAAGACAGUUUUUGAGGCCCUUCAAGCUCCAGCGUGCCAUGAGAAUCUUGUAAAAGUAGGUGGCUACAUCUUGGGAGAAUUUGGAAAUCUGAUAGCAGGUGAUCCAAGAUCAAGUCCCCUCAUCCAGUUCAACUUGCUACAUUCCAAGUUUCAUCUGUGUAGUGUCCCCACCCGAGCUCUGCUUCUGUCUACCUACAUCAAGUUCGUGAACCUGUUUCCAGAAAUCAAAACUACAAUUCAAGAUGUACUGCGCAGUGACAGUCAACUAAAGAAUGCUGAUGUUGAGCUGCAGCAGAGAGCUGUUGAGUAUUUGAGGCUCAGCACUAUUGCCAGUACUGAUAUAUUGGCUACAGUGCUGGAAGAAAUGCCUCCCUUUCCAGAGAGGGAAUCUUCUAUUUUGGCUAAACUGAAGAAGAAGAAAGGCCCAGGCACAGUUACUGACCUGGAAGAGAUAAAAAAGGAGAGGAGCUCUGAUAUGAACGGAAGUGCUGAACCUGCCUCUGUCAAUGCCAGUGCUGUUUCUACUCCUUCCCCAUCUGCGGAUCUGCUGGGUCUGGGUGCCGCCCCUCUCACCAAUUCAGCUCCCCCACCGUCCUCUAGUGGUAGCCUGCUGGUGGAUGUAUUUUCAGAUUCAGCUUCGGCAGUUGCACCUCUUGCUCCUGGUUCUGAUGACAACUUUGCGAGCCCUGACCUGGCUUCAUCUGAGGUAGUUUCUGAGGAACCAGCUGAUACUGUGCAUGAUGCUGAUGAGCUUUUUCACAAGUUUGUGUGUAAAAAUAAUGGAGUCUUAUUUGAAAACCAGUUGCUACAAAUUGGAUUGAAAUCUGAAUUUCGACAGAACCUGGGGCGUAUGUUCAUAUUCUAUGGUAAUAAGACAUCAACACAGUUCUUGAAUUUUACUCCAACAGUAAUCUGCUCAGAUGACUUACAGUCAAAUAUCCUUGUUCAGACAAAACCUGUUGACCCCACAGUGGAUGGAGGUGCCCAGGUUCAACAGGUUGUGAACAUUGAAUGUGUGUCAGACUUUAUGGAAGCUCCAAUCCUGAACAUUCAAUUCAGAUAUGGUGGAACAUUUCAAAAUCUUUCUGUAAAAUUACCCAUCACACUGAAUAAAUUUUUCCAGCCGACAGAGAUGUCUUCUCAAGACUUUUUUCAGCGCUGGAAGCAACUGAGCAAUCCGAAACAAGAAGUACAGAAUAUCUUUAAAGCAAAACACCCGAUGGAUGCAGAGAUCACAAAAGCAAAGAUAAUUGGCUUUGGAUCAGCCCUACUUGAGGAGGUAGAUCCCAAUCCUGCUAACUUUGUUGGUGCUGGUAUCAUACAUACAAAAACUACUCAGAUUGGAUGCUUGCUGCGCCUUGAACCCAACCUCCAGGCACAGAUGUAUAGGCUCACACUACGAACAAGUAAAGAAGCUGUAUCUCAGAGAUUAUGUGAAUUGCUGUCAGAACAGUUCUAAUAUUAACCAUGUCAUUUUUGUUUUUUUUCCAUUUAUAUCACUGUCAUCAUACUGCAAAUAAAUGUCUUGUACAUCACUGUCUGAGUACUGCAAUGUUAACCAAUACCAGCUCCCUGCCUUAACAGGACUUGACCCUCGUUUGAAAUUAAGACUAUAAAAUGUACAGUACAGGGAAGUGACUUUUGACAUUAAAAAUGGCUUUUAGUGUAUUACACAGUGGGUGCGAGGGCCGUCUCGUGCUCCUUUGAGGUCAGGCUUCUGAACUUGUUAAAGGGGAAGUGGAUUUACAUGUGGUAACCAUGGUUUUCAACUGGAAAUGGCUAGUGGCAUUCUGCCCUAGUGCCUUUAGCAGGUACUCCCUCUGCUCUGAGCUGAAGGAAUCCAGUGUGAUGCUGCUCAGCAAGGUUAAUCGAGAUGUUAAUGUAGAGUCAGAAUUUUGUCAAGUUGAACGUUGCCACAAGUCUUGUGCUGGAUGGAAGGGCGGAUUCCAAGAUGGUUUUUGAACCUGGUUCAAGGAACAUUUUGAAUGUCUCCGGUCUUU